UGGAGGACGCUACACGUGACCGACAGGGCUAGGGCGUGGCUUGUAGUUCGAGGAACUGAUCCGACUGGGUUGACUUCCUCACCGGGGAAGAGUGAACUAAACCCGGAGCCAACAUGAGCAGCAACCGAAGUGAGAACGGGGCUGCGGAGGCAAAAAGUGAGGAAGGCGAGCUGAGCUCUACGUCCCGUGCUUCGGCCAGAUGGGGACCUCAACACGCAGGCGCUCGUGAGCUCGCAAAUUUAUAUUCCCCAGGUAAGAGGUGUCAGGAAUGGAUCAGUGUUAUUCUCUGUUUCACGCUCAUGGCCUUUAAUUUCUUUUACCUCCUCACCCACUUCCACCUGGGCCAUGCCUGGUACAUCCUUCUGGGAAUUGUGGCAGGAAUCGUUACUGCAGACUUUGCCUCUGGACUGGUACACUGGGGUGCUGACACGUGGGGGUCUGUGGAUUUGCCCAUCGUUGGAAAGGCAUUUAUUCGUCCAUUUCGGGAACAUCAUAUCGAUCCCACAGCCAUCACACGGCAUGAUUUCAUAGAGACGAAUGGUGAUAACUGUAUGCUGACAAUCAUUCCCCUGGCUAACAUGGCCUACAACUUCCACACUCUAACACCAGCGGAGAUUUAUCAUAUCUUCCCCUGGUACUGCUAUUUAUAUUCUUUGGCCAUCUUUGUUACACUGACCAAUCAGAUCCAUAAGUGGUCUCACACUUAUUUUGGGCUGCCAUUCUGGGUCACCUUCCUGCAGGACUGCCACAUCAUCCUCCCUCGCAAACACCACAGAGUUCAUCAUGUAUCACCUCACGAAACCUAUUUUUGCAUCACUACAGGCUGGUUGAACUACCCCCUGGAGAAGGUUGGCUUCUGGAGGACUGUGGAGGACAUCAUCCAGAGCCUGACAGGAGAGAAGCCCAGAUCAGAUGACUUGAAAUGGGCCCAAAGAACACAGUAAUGUUACUCUGGUGUGUGUCCCUCUCCUACCUCAUACCUCUGUACAGAGGUCCAGCCUCCAUCUCUCCUCCUCAUUCAGCUCCCAAGCAUUGACCCAGCCAGUGGGGAUGAUAAAAACUGAAUGAUGCUGAUAAUGCAAAAUCUUCCAGCCCUCAAAGAGAAGAAAAGAGGAGAGAAGUGGAGAGUGUGUUUGCAAGCAAUACUUUUCCGUACUUCUCAUCCAGCAACAGCUCUCAAAUCUUUUUUUAUACUCAUCAAUAUUCUCCCUAUUUCCUGCACAAAGAAGCCAUUUUACCUCCGCUAUAGGGGUAUUAAGCAUCCAAAAAUGCCAUGCUGACAAACUUGAAACCCUGAAGCAAAAUGAAAAAUCCACAUGUUUAAAUACUUGAACAGUGAGCUGCAGUUCAAACAGAUGCCUUUAAAAAAAAAAACACAUACAAAACAAAAUAAAAAAAGAUUUCUGCAGACUGACAAGUAUGGUUAACUGUAGGAAUGCUACUCUUAACAUUUUGGUCUGCAGUAAGGAAACCAUGUCUUUCUUGACCCAUCCUUUUUAUUGACAUCAUGGCUCGUAAUAAUGGAGGGCUGGAAUCGGUGUCUUGACUUUUUGGUUGACGUCUGAACAGACAAAGCUGAUGAAUAUGCAGUCUUUUCUCAGUCCGCCUUACUUCUGCAGUACAUGCAGCAGAGUCAGUUCACUCUGGUCUCUCUUUCUCUCUCUCUCUCUCUCUCUCUCUCUCUCUCUCUCUCUCUCUCUCUCUCUCUCUCUCUUGCUAUCACACACACACACACACACACUCCACAAUGUACACAUUUCACUCCUCACUUAAGCACUUACUCCAUACUAUAAACUUUUGACUUGUGAAUCAUACACACUUUUGAUACAUUAUGUUUUCCAUAUUGUUACACAUCCAUUAAUGAAGAUGUGCUAUUUCUUUCCUUUUUUUCACAAGCACAUUCUCGCUUCUUAAUGUUCUGGCUCUGUUCUGGUGCUCUAAAGACAAAGAUAUA